GGCUGGACAAAUUGGGGAAGUUAUAUUUGAAGGGAGGAGUCUUCAAAGGAGGUGGAGUUUGUAUUAGGAAGAAAGUAUCUUGCAGAUCAAUCAUUGUUUAAUUAUAGAUCGAACUGUGCAGUGGUAUAAUUGUGUGCAACUGCAGAACUUGAAAACUUUACAGAGAAAGUCAACUUUAAGCAAAUGGCAACUAUGUGAAUAAUUGUGAAGUUCGCCAAACUGAACGGAUUAUUGUGCUGCAGCAGUUGAAAAGUGGGAUGAAGAUGUUACAACAAAGGGAAGAAUACCACACAGAACACAGAAAUUUGAUUUGCUCUGCCUUCAUCCUUACUUCUGCAGUUUUCUUGUUGGCCUACAUAACAGCAGUAACUCUAUGCCAAGUUUGUGCUCUACAAGCAGAAAUAUCAGCUCUAAAAGAGGAUUUGGGAAUGUACAGGUCCCAAGGGGAUUACUUACAAGCAUUGAUGAGGAUGAGCCAGGGUGUUUCAACCAACUGGAACACUUCAGUAAAUCAGGUUGGUGAAUCUCUUGAGAAAAACAUACACGACAGGGAGAAAUCAACAGAAAGAAAACGAAUAUUUCGAGGAAGGAGGUCCCUUCUUGAACGAGUGCAGCAUUCCUGCGUGCAAUUGAUUGCUACAAAUCAUCAAAUGCCGUUUGUAAAAGCAAGUGAUUGCUCGAGACAUUUGUAUGGAAAGUCACAACCAAUCUGUAAAACGGAACGAAGAUAUAUUUCAAGGAAAGAUGGCAAACAAGUGACAGCAAUCCCUUGGAUACUCAGCUUGAAAAGAGGAAAUGCUCUUGACAAAGAAGGUGACAGGAUCUCAGUCAAAGAAGCUGGCUACUUUCUGGUGUACAGUCAGGUUUGGUAUAAAGACAAUACUUUUACAAUGGGACAUUUUAUCCAGAGAAGAAGGGCAAGUAGUGUGGGUGAUGAGCCACGUACUGUAAUUCUAUUUCGAUGCAUUCAAAACAUGUCUGCCUGCUGUCCAAACAGUUCUUGCUUCACAGCUGGUAUUGCAAAACUUGAAGCGGGAGAUGAACUUGAACUUGUGAUACCUCGAAUUCAAGCACAAAUUGCCUUAACUGGUGAUGGGACAUUUUUUGGGGCAAUAGAACUGCUCUAACCGUUGGCCAAUGCAGUAAAGGCAAAGUGGUUAUUGUUGUUGGAAUAAAACAAUGAGGAAUAUAAAAAUAAGUUUGUUAGUAUGAGCAUAAUUCUCUUUAAUGAAAUAUAAAAACUAGAAACAAAGAAUUGUGCUGGGAUUGUUUCUUCAUGUUUUUAAUGUGUAAUAUGUCAAAUGGUUUGAACUGUGGUUUUAAUUGUUUAACAUCAACAAUUGGUUUCUUUUUUAAAUUAGUUAUACAUUCAUAAACAAAAUGGAUCAUCACAGUCUGGAGAAAAUGAUCUUAUGCAAUGGUGCGAUGUAGUAUCACUCUCAUUGUGGCAAACACCUUUUUAAAAUAUUGUUCAUUUGU